CUUCGAGUACACUUGGAACUCCACGCGCCAACAUUCGUACCUCAUUCUCCGGCGCCUCUUCAUCAUCACUCAGUAUUUCCUCAUUUUAUCACAUUUUUCCUAAACGUCAUUCGUUAAAAUACCACGUGUUUUUUACUUGCAAAAUAAUAAAAAAAAAUAAUCCAAAUCAGUUUAAAAAAUUAAAAAACAUUUUCGUAAUAUAAUUUUUUUCUUCGUUAAUUUUAAUUCAUUUUUAAAUUAAUAUUAUGUAUUAUUUAUUGGUUUAUUUAUUUAUCUAAAUAUUAAGAAAUCGUGUCAAUAUUUAAAAUUAUUUUUUAUUCUAUAUAAUUUAAAGUGAAAAAAUUGAAGAAAAAAAAAGUUUGAUUGAUUGAUAGAUUCAAGUGAAUUUCUCGUGUGUUUUCUCCUCAACAAUUUAAUUGUUAAUAUAUAAUUAUUAUAUAUUUUUUUUCUCUUAAAUAAUUUAUUGAAUUACGUAUCACAACAAACUAGUAUUAUAUUUAUCAAAACAUUCCAUAAUUUAGCAUUUAAUAAAUAUAAAUUUUUCACUUUUGUGAAAUGUGAUUUGACAAGUGAGCAAUAAUAAAAUGCAACAUAUUUCUCUAACAGAUUAUUUUUAGUACAUAAAAAAAAUUGGAGUAAAGUGUUUCAUCAAUAAAAAGUGAAUAACAAAAAAUAAAUAAAUGAAAUAAUCAAUGAAGAUUAAAUUAAAAAUGAAAAACCAUAAAGGACAUCGUUAAAUAUUUUAUAUAUUGUCAAAUUAAAUAUUGCAUGAAUAUGGAAUCGUGUUGUCAUCAUCGAGAUAAUUUAUCAUCAUGUCAACGACCUCAACGUGACAAAGGUAACAGCAUCAAUCCAAAAACCCGGAAAUCACAUUGUGAUGGAACAGGAUUGAUAAUAAUUAUUCUCGCCAUGUGUUCUUUGGCUCACAGUUAUUCACCUGAAUAUCCAACAAAGGUUUUCAAUAUGAUACAGGAAAGAACACAGUAUGGUUUUGGGAGAGACAAUAGAAUUCGUGGUACAUGGUCACCAUGGAGUUCCUGGAGUGAUUGUUCCAAGACUUGUGGAAUUGGUGUUCAAUCACAGGCUCGUGAAUGCAUUCAACCACGUGGACUUAGAAAAAGAAGUGUCAUUGAUGGUGUUAAUUCAACUAGUCUCAAACCAAUUUGCAUUGGUACUUAUAAAAGAUAUCACAUUUGUAACACUCAGGAAUGCUCGAAUUAUCCCGAGGAUUCAAGAGCAGAACAAUGCGCAAAAUAUAAUGGUAGAAUGUACAAAGGUGAAAGCUACAAUUGGAUACCAUUUUUAAAUGCACCAAAUCCAUGUUCAUUAAAUUGUCGUGCAGUUGGACAAGCAUUUUAUGCAACAUUAGAGCCAAAUGUUAUUGAUGGUACACCAUGUGAUGGACCAAAUGUUCGUGGUAAAAGUACUGGCUUGACAAUUGAUCAUACUGAACAGUGGCUAUGUGUAGCUGGACAAUGCAGACCAGUUGGAUGUGAUGGGGUUGUUGGAUCAGGAGCAAUUCGUGAUACAUGUGGAAUUUGUGGAGGAUCUGGAAGAGUUUGUAAAUUAUUUGAGGGUAUAUUUAUGGAACCAAAUCUUCCAAAAGGUCAUCAACCAGUUACAAUUAUUCCCAAGGGUGCAAUGUCAUUGAAUAUAUCUGAAUUACGUUACAGUGGAAAUUUUUUAGCAUUAAAAGCUGAAAAUGGAAGCUAUAUUUUAAAUGGUCCGUAUUCUGUUAGUCCAAGUGGUAUUUAUAAAGUUGCUGGUACUGUUUUUACAUAUCAAAGAGGUGACAAAUAUCGUAUGGAAUGUGUUAUUGCUGCUGGACCACUCAAUGAAUCAAUUAGCCUUGAAAUUUUGUAUCACGAAAUGAAUCCAGGAGUAUUAUAUAAAUACAUGCUACCAACAAAUGAUUUGAAUGAUAAUAAUUAUGAUAUUUCUCCUCCACUUUAUACUCCAGAAACAAAUACAAAUUAUAUUUCUAAUUUAAUACCUCAAUUGUCAAAUCCCUUGAAAACAAUCACACAAGAAAAAAAUAUAGAAACACGUUUAUCGAAAAAUCAACAUGAUGAGAGUAAUAGAAAUAAUAAAUAUCCAUUAAUUUUGAUGGAAAAUAAAACACCAAGUAUACAUUUAUUAGAAAAUAAAAAAAAAAAUAAAAAACAUAAAUUUCAAUGGAAAAUUGUUGGAAUGACGACAUGUUCUAAAACCUGUGGCGGAGGAAUUCAAAGUACAUUGAUAAAAUGUAUCAAAGUUGAUAAAGAUAUUGAAGUACCAGACAGAAGAUGUAGACGUUUCGAAAAGCCAAAAAUCCAAUCAUCAACUCAUUGUAAUGAUCUUCCAUGUCCAGCAAGAUGGAGAGCAGAUGGUUGGUCCGAGUGUUCAGUAACAUGUGGUACUGGUGUAAAAACAAGAAAACUUGAGUGUGUACAAGAGUUAAAUACAAAAUUAACAAUGCGUGUUGCUGCUGGUGCAUGUAUACAACCACCAGAUUUAACAACAAUUGGUACUUGUCAUCUUUCACCAUGUCCAGAAGUUAGAAGUAUGAUAUUACCACAAAGAGAUACUGUACCAAGAUGGGACGUUGGUAAUUGGAGUCCAUGCUCAUCAACGUGUGGUAAAGGAAUUAAAAAUCGUACAGUAACAUGUAUUACAACACGUGAACCAUGCUCACAAUCAACAAAGCCACUUGUCGAUAAAACAUGUGAUACACCAUGCAAUAAUAAUUUACCAUCACAAAAAAAUAAUAAUAAAUCCAUUUGGCUAUACAGUGAUUGGUCUUCCAAGUGUAUGACAGAAUGUGAGCAUAAAGUGGAGACAAGAAAAAUAGCCUGCAGUGAUGUCAGUGAAUUAUUUUGUGACUCUGAAAAAAAACCAGCAACUAUUAAAAAUUGUUUGAAUGAAAAAAAAAAAUGUCAUGAUGAUGCCAAAUGGUUCACUGGUCCUUGGUCAUCUUGUUCCACCAUGUGUGGCGAAGGAAUAAUUCGCCGUGAGGUAAUUUGCAUUGGUAAAUCAUCUGGUGAAUCAAAUAUACUUUCGGAUAAUAAUUGCACUGGACCAAAGCCGCAAGCUGAAGAUACUUGUCGGUUGUCUGCAUGCCAACCCGAAUGGUACAUGUCUGACUGGGGCGAGUGUUCAGCUUCCUGUGGUGGUGGAAUUAAAGAACGAAUUGUUAAAUGUAUUCAUGAUGGUGUUGCUACUUUAAAUUGUGAUUCAUCAACAAAACCAUCUGAUAAAAUAUCAUGCAAUAUUGAUGCUUGUCCACGUGAUUUAAUACAAAAAUCUCCCAAGAAAGUUCGUAAAUGUGUUGAUGAAUAUCCAAAAUGUGCAUCAGUUAUUAAGGCUGGCCUUUGUCGAAUGAAAUAUUACAAAUACUCAUGCUGUGGGUGUCAAAAUUAAUACCACAAUUAUUUCCAAUGAUAAUUGUAAAAUUAGUCCCAGUCAAUUGAAAAAAUAAAAAUAAAAUUUAAAGUCUGAAUUAUUAUAAAUUCAAUAUAGCUUAAAUAAAUUUUUUUCAAUAUUAAUUAAAAUUAUUAUAAAUAUUAAAUAAGUUUUAAAUUAAAAUUUAAAUUAUUUUUUAUUGUAUAAAUUUGAAAAAUAAAAAUAUAAAAAAGUUCAGUAAAAAA